AUGGCCAACGUUCUCCACCCACACAUCAACUUCCACCCUAGACCCGUCUCCCAUGCGCCCUCCCCGUUUGGAUUCGGCUUUGGCCUCGGUCCAACAGGCUCAUCUUCUAUGAGUUCCACUGGCUGGGGCUCUGCGACCCCAGGCCACACCAAUCCUGCAGCUUUUCAGCAGCUCGCAACGUCUGUCACCCAGUCAGCAAAUUCUUCCAGACCUCAGAAGCGAAGACUGGAGCAUGAUGAAGAGUCGGAAGGCAGCAGGUAUCCGACGCCUCGAGACGAGUCGAUGGACAGAAGUCCCACACCCGAACGGCCAAAGCGGGCUGCCCCGAAACGUGCACGAGUUGUCAAUCCCUUCAGUGCCACCUCUAAGGAGGAGAACUUGUUGGCCAAGGAUAAGCACCCUCAUGAGGAAGACGAUGUCGAUAUUGGCGUCCUGAUAGCAUCUCUGCCACCUCAGUCCCUCCUUCCAAUUCUUGCAGGUCUCCUUAAGGCGCAACCUUCACUUAAAUCGACGAUACUUCCACUCAUUCCUCGACCCUCGGCCCAGGAAGCGAUCGAAGCACUCAAGAAGGCCAGCCAGAAAUUACACGAGAAAUAUCCUUAUUCCUCCGGCUCGGUCUUUUCAUCGCAACCUCUUUUUUGCAUGCCACAACCCCAACCUGCGAUGCGAGAUGAAUACAUUCUCAGCCGUAUCAGACCCCACGUCGUUGAAUUCGUAUCAACCUGCGUGUCGUACCUCCCGUACUUCUCGUAUAAGCCCCCAUCAUCCCAAUCCACCAACAAACAAUCCACCUCGUCUUCCCCCCUCCAAUCAAUGCAACACGACAAGUUCCAACCUGCCGAAACAUUCAGAUUCCUGGCUGAUGUGACCAAACUCAUCAGCGACCAUCAACCUCUCAUGAUUUCGGAGCUGGAGCCAUUAGUCCUUCCCCGACUUACUCAAGAAUGGGAAACGUGGUUGAAGAAUCUCGAUCAUCUUGUCAAUCGAGAUGGCUUCCUGCUCUCAGUACAUGUUGUCCGAUCUUGGGAGGUCGAGAUCGAGAAGUUGGGGGAUUCAAGAGCACAAGGUCUGGCGCACCUUAUGCGCACCGUUCUCCAGCACUACCCUCUCAAGGAAGGGUGGGAGAACAGGCUAAGAGGAACACCUCCCAUGCAAUUCUGA